UUUCUCGUUAUAUUUUUACAUUCAUCAUUCAAGGCGUUUGUUUUCUUGUUUGUAUUACUCAAUCUCUACCUACUGAUUAAAUCAUGGUAAACGUGUAAAUUUAACCUCACUUUCUCGGGUAGCAGUUAUGGUUGUUUGAAGUGAGAAAUUUUUUGAAAAUGGAUUUAUUACCUCACUUUUAGAUUAACUCAUGUAUAUCUGAUUUUUGUUUAACAUUGCUUAGAAACCGAUAUUAUGCCAAUGAGCCACCUUUCAAGGUUACCCCCACCACCAGUUAUGUGGGCCCAAAGAGCCGCCGUAGUAUUCUUAACAAUAAACUUAGAGGAUGUAAAGAAUCCAGAAAUCAAAUUCAACAAAGACUCCGUAUACUUCAAAGGAUUGGGCGGCGUCGAAAAGAAAGAGUACGAAGUAACGAUUCCCCUGUAUAAAGAAAUCGAUCCCGAAAAGAGCAAAAGCUUCAACCGCGAACGUUGCAUCGAAAUCGUCCUCUCGAAAGCAAACCAGAACGAAUCAUACUGGCCGCACUUGUGCUCCGACAGCAAGAAGCACCACUGGCUGAAAUGUGACUUCAACAAAUGGAAUGACGAGGAUGACUCAGGCGAUGAAGGAGUCGGCGGAAUGGGAGGCGGUGAUUUCGAGGAGAUGAUGAGACAGAUGGGCGGUUUGGGAGGAGGUGGUGAUAAACCAUCGUUUGACGAUUUGGACGAUGACGAGGACUCUGAUGACGGACCCAUUCCAGAUCUCGAAUAGUUUUGAUGUUUGAAUGUUAUAUUUACAUUCACGGUUGAUUGUUGAGUUAUUGAUAAAUAAAUAUUACUUUUUAGUGGU